UUUGAAGGCUGCACCAAGGCGUACUCUCGUCUAGAGAACCUGAAGACUCACCUCCGCUCCCACACGGGCGAGAAGCCGUACAUGUGUGAGUUCCCAGGAUGCACCAAGGCCUUCAGCAACGCCUCUGAUAGAGCCAAGCACCAGAACAGGACGCACUCAAAUGCUAAACCGUAUGUUUGUAAAGCGAUUGGCUGCACCAAAAGAUACACAGAUCCGAGCUCAUUACGCAAACAUGUCAAGACGGUCCACGGAGCCGAUUUCUACGCCAACAAGAAACACAAGGGUGACGGUUCUUGUCACGUGAAGAAAGAGGACCCAUCCCAGGCUCCAGCGCUCUCUUGGCUCGCAGGAAUCAGAUCAACGCGGGUCAGCUGAUGCAGAACCGACUCAAGGGCCGCAUCAACUCCAAGACAGGCUCCAUAUCUCCACUACCUCAGCUGCCCGGGAUACAUAGUCCUGAAGGUGGCGGUGGGCCAGGGGGAGGUAACAUGACGCAGGUGUCCAUCACAGAGUUACCUCAGAGGGUGUCGCAGCUCAAAGGAGGACACCAACCCAAGCAGGGCACGGCAGGAGAUCCUGGAACAUGGCGCGACCACAACAACACGCUACUCCCCAACAGUCGACGCGAGAGCAACACAAGUACUCUCAGCUCCUACAUGAGCAGCAUGAGAUCUGACAACAGCCCUUUCCCUGUGGGGAGCACCUUCUCAUCCCGGAGAUAUUUUUCCACAAGACGGGACUUGGAUGGGGCUCGAACCAGCACCCCGUGUCGCACACCUCUACCUCAUGAAAUACCAAAUCGAGAAAUCCGUCGAGCGAGUGACCCCGUGAGAACGAAAGAUCCGAACUUCGAGUCCCUGAAGCGCUACCACAGCCUCAACGUGAUGAAGCCGCUCCCCACGCCGCCCAGCAUGAAGAGUCUACAGACGAAGGCCGGCUCCAACAACACCUUCCACUCAUCCCGCAGCAGUAUCGCCACGGAUGGCAGUCUUCCCGACGAGCUGACCCGAGGGGUCAAGGGCACGAUUACGGAGGCGGAGCUAGAGGAGAAGAUGUUGGAGGACAGCGAGGACAUGCUCAUUCCCGACGACAUGCAGCGCUUCCUCAACGAGCAGUACGAGGGCGGUAACCGCCAGGAUAUCGUCGCCGGUACAGGGGGAGCGGACGACGCCCAAGAAUCCGCCGCAGGAAAUAUGUCUACAGAAUUCUCUGCCACGGCCGAUUUGAACUUUGACCCCUGUGACCUUCAGCCGGAAGGAGGGAUGUUUCUGUCUCCGUGUGCCGGUGGUGGGGGCGGACACCCUGAGUCGGAGUUUGCCGGUCAGGGACUGUCACUAGGACCUCACGACUCGAAUCUUUUAGCCGGGAAUCUCCAGCUGCAGACGGGAUUCGCCGACCUUCAGGGUAGCGUGGGAGGUGCUCUCGAGGACUUCCAGGGUAACACGCCACCCCGAGCCAAUUUCGGGCCAAACAUGGCUGCCGGUCCGUGGCCCCCGGGUCACGGCAUGGGCCAUAGACUGGGCUCUCCCAAGAUGCCGCCUCUUCCAGAAGGUCAAGUGGUGAACAACGUGGAACCUCUAAACCACGUAGACAGUGGUAGAUUAACUUGUAAUAUCGGUGCAAUUCAGCAACAGCAACAGCAGCAGCAGCAGCAAUCUGCUAACUUGAUCUCAGCCGAAGCUGCCUCCAAUGGUCAAGGUGUUCCGGUCAACGGUGUCGGUCACCACAAUAGCGCCGCCAUGUCAGGGAGGAUAUCCCAGAACCCCUUGCCCGGCCCCGGCGGCAUCAUGCGGGACCUCUCAGCCGCUCCACACAACAUGGCCGCCGACGGUGCCCCGCCCCCAACAGGAGGAGCCCAGUGGGGGGUGGGGGGAGGAGGAGGGGCCUACCUCUCCCAGCACAACCUCAUGCAGCACCAGAUACAGCAGCAGCUGCAGCACCAGCAGAGGCAGCAGCAGCAGGCGGUGGCCGCAGCAGCAGCAGCAGCAGCAGCAGCGUACGAGCAGCAGUCGUCAGCGUCAGCAGCUCCGGGGGUCAUGCCCCAAGCCCCGCCCCCUCACUUCCAGCACCACCAGUUCCACGCCGGUCACGGCGGCAUGAUGAUGCCCAGACACCCGCUCAUCGGAGGCUUCAGCCCCGCCCCACCAUCCACUGAGAAACCGGCCAAUCACAGACCAAAACGCGCGAGCCCCCAGGUGCAAGUUCCACACAUAAGUCAGUCUCAGAUUCCAGCUAACGCAAAGGCAGCCAGUCGCAAUCAAGCCCUGUUAAAGCAGCAACAGCAACAGCAGCAGCAACAGCAGCAGCACUUACAGCAGAACCCAGCACAAGCACAUGCACAACAGCAGCAGCAGCAGCAGAUGAUGGCUGGCCGAGGUCCCAUGAUGAAUCCGCAUCCGUAUCCCGGAGUUCCACAGCCGGAUGGAUUCCCCGGCAAAAUGUACCCGCCUUCUGGAGUACCUCUUCACAUGCCUCAUCCGCCUCCGAACCCCUACCCUCCUCACUCGGCAUACCCACCACACUCUCCCUACCCUCCCCACCCUCCCCACCCUCCCCCGGGGGCCAAUGGCAACAUGCAGAUCCCCCCAUCUCAGCUGGCGAUGGGCGGAGCGGGGGGUCCGAACCCGUACCCUGGACACCCAGGCCACCACGGCCACCCGGUCACGUGCCCUAGUCACCCCGCAGUGGGCAGAAGCUCUAUGGCCAGUCCUAACGAGCCCAUGCCUCUGAGACCACCCCCUUGCCACCCGGCCGUUAACAACAACACCAACACUAACAACAGCAGCAACAACAACAACAACAACGGCACAGUUACGGGUCUCCACCACCCGAGCCAGAUGCAGCCCACAAUGCCGCAGUCCGUCCACCACCCAUCGACCUUGCUCCCAAACUCUGGCCCCUACCCCAGCCCCAAUCUGCCUCACCUGGCCGCCUUCCCUCGCAACACCGACCCCUACAACAACCCCAUGGAAAUGUCGCCCGGCUGCAAUCAGGUCACCAGCUCAACGGACUGUAAAGAGACGACAGCGCCACCUAUAGAGGACUUUAUGGACAACCUCACCUCCAUAUCCACAGAGAAUCUCAUCGAUAAUAUCAACUCCAUAUCACAAGAGAACAUCGCGUAUAGCCCCCAGCCCAUGUCACUGCGCACGGCCUCCCAGAACUCGGGCCGCUAUAACUCUCUGAUGAGUACAUCCAACAUGGUGGUCAAUGACAUGAGCUCCGUGCUCACGCAGCUGGCUGAGGAAAACAAGUUUUUGAACAUGCGACCUUGACCCCAACAGAGUCAUCGUUAGGUUGGUUUUUUUUCUUCCUGUUCACUACUCUAAGACUGGAGGUGAAGAAUGCCCGGCCUGAAAUAAAUCAGCUGUCCUGUGGAAGGUCGGGUCACGCUUCACUUUUCAAACAAGACAUAUAGGCAGAGUCUGACACAAGGCUGUCAAAAUGUUGUUGUUGUUGUUGUUGUUGUUGUUGUUGUCAGUUGAGCAGCGUUAACGAAUGACUUUCAACCUGUGUUGUGGAAGGUGGAGAGGUUGGUCGUGGUGGAAGUUGAUCAAUGGCCCAGAUUGCCCGUUGUCUCAUCGUGGCGCAGGGAGGAGAUGGCGUAUGUGAAGAGGACCUGCGUUCCUGCAUCAUGAAGUGAAUUCUGGGAACAUUUCUGCAUGCUCUGAGUCCUGGGAGAUGAAUAGUUUCUGAACUGCAGGUUACACAAUGUCUCUGCACAGCUAGAACCCUCUGGUUUCCCAAUGGGUUUUUAAAAAUCUUUAAUAGGGAAAAGGGGCGGGGGUUCUGUUGAAGUCAACUUUCAUAUCUUACAGGUAGAUUAUACGUCUCUUGACUCAAAAAAAAAAAGCUUGUGCAAGAUAAAAGUAUGGUGUCUUCGUAGUUGACACAAAACUCAUGGGUUCAGUUCCUGCCUGGGUGAAGGUAUAUCAAGUAUCUCUGUCUUGUCUGCUGGGGCGCCGAAAGGCUGAGUGAAAAGAGCCCACCUUCUCCAUGAUCUAAACUAUGUCUACGUCAGCGAAAACAUAAUUUAGAAGUAGUCAAUCCCGCUGAAAGAUGCUGUUUUCAGUCAUGCUGUUUGACUCCAGAACCAAGCACGACAUCCACGAGUCAAAAUACAAAAUGUUUGGUCGUCAGAGUCGGCUCUGUUUGUACUCCCUUUUGGUCUCCUGGAACAGGUUUCAGCUCUCUGCAGAAUUGGUUUUUAAUUCUCCCAAAAACUUUGUAAUGCAUGCUGAUUAUGAUAUGAUAUUAACGUAUCUGUUCUUUUAUUCAAUGCUCUGUCGUGUCGGAAGUGGAAAGAACAAAGGCCAACGGGUUGAAGUUUUGGAUUGUACGUCUGGUCAUAGCCCACUGGAGGAGGCGUGCGCUUUCUCCGCAGAUUCGUCUCAACGAGCUCAGCCCAACCAACAACUUUGCUGUCUGGCAAUGCAAGGAUAUAGUAAUAUCAGCCACAUCAUACCUCAUGAUCCAUGGACGGUUUUUUUACCAAGUUUUUUGUACAUUUUUGCUGUUUAUAAUAAUUUUUUUGGGGUUAUAAAUGUAUAGAUAGAUGCUAAGCUUCUUUCUGAGUGGUGCUUUGUUGGAAUUUGACUCGAUUUUUGUCUGAGUCUUGUCUGACGUUGUGAGGUGUGUGUGAGACAGACAGACAGAAUGUUCUCGUAACAUCGAAACUGUGUUGGUUUGCCCAUCUACCUUUUUUUCUUCUCAGCCUUGAGGAAAAACUUGUGUCUCUCUCUCCUUCAUCAUGGAAAGGGCGUUUCUUUAAUGGACAUGCUUCCAGAGCAACAAUAUGAGGAAGAUGUUUUCACAUUCUUUUUGUGGACUGGGGUGUCUGUGGACUGUCUGCCCACCCUGAGAAGAGGCCAUUCAUGUUGAGGAUAGGAGGGUACUAGGAGUUUUCAAGAGACUGGAAAGACCUAACUGCCCUGGGACCGUGGAAUUCCGGUAGGGUUCACGUUGCCCAUUCCCCGCCACCAAUGGCUACUGGCUUAAGUUUUCGACUCUUUCAUGAGGUAUUGGCCAAGUGGGAAAGCCAUUGGUUUCACAUUCUUAAAAAUACAGAUAUUAUGUGAAGUGUGCUGACAAAAUGAGUUACCUCUCACAAUCCACGAAAGAAGAUACCGGUCAAAAACCAGAACAGGGAUCAGAUUUGUAGAUUUUCUGCUGAUACCACUUUCUUUGAGUUUAAUUUGUCUUUUAUCAACUCUUACUAAAGAAUUGUACAAACUCAACUUAUAAAUUGAAUAUGUUCAUAUGGCUAAAAUUAGGUAACCCUUUUUAUCAGUGCACGUCGCAUAUCAUCCUGAAAUAUUUCUUUGAAGUACCAGUAAGGACAUUGCAGAAUUCUGGUUUUGUUUGAGUGAAAUACCAUAAUUUUAAUUCGACCCAGAUAGAUUGUUUUGAAGGUGAAGCCCUGAGUCUAGCUUUUAAUGGAAAGAAGAAGGAAGAAGAGAGAAAUGAGGGAGGAAAGAAGAGAUGAAAUUAUACACCAGUGUUGUUACAAUGACAAACUAACAAAUAUGUUAAGAUGUUGAGAGAGAGAGAAACAAAGAGAGAGAGAGAGAGAUGGAGAAAGGGAAGGAGAGAGAGAGAGAGUGGGGAGAGAGA